AGCUGAGCAGGGGCUUGGAUAUUACACUCCCUCCACGGCGGCACGAUUUUACUCUGGCUCGGCUUAAGUUUUCCCACAGAUAAGAGGGAAAGGGGUGGGGAAGAAAGAUUGCCCCGAGGACACCUCUUUCUUGCGGGACAUGGAGAACAGGCCAGCAGAGACCAACUCAGAGGUGGACAAGUCAGCAUCACCCUCAGUGGCUCAGCUAGCAGGGAAAUUCAAGGAGCAAGCAGCCAAUAUCACUGCAAAAGAGGUGCCACCGCAUAAGCCAACUCGGAGGAAACCACCAUGCUCCCUUCCAUUGUAUUCCCACAAAACUGAGACAAGUGACAAUGAUGAGCAAAAGCGGUCUCCAAAUGCUUGCCCCCUUCCCAAGGUCAAGGUGAAAAGCUCCCCCAUGAUUGAAAAGCUGCAGGCCAAUCUGGCUUUUUCUCCAGCUGCUCUGCUGCCGGGAGUGUCUCCCAAAAGCCCUGGUCUGAAAGCCCUGGUUUCUCCAUUCAGCACACCUCCCUCAACACCCAGCAGCCCUGGGACUCAGAUCCAGCCCAGCGAGGCGAGUGAGACGCCAGUUAGCUUUGAUCAGCCCCCGGAAGGCACCCAGCUGCAGUUCUACAAUAAGGUGCGGACACGAGGAUCAAUCAAGCGCAGGCCACCCUCCAGGAGGUUCCGAAGAUCUCUGUCCGAGUACGGAGAUGGGGAAGAUUUAGGGCUCAACAUCUCCUCUCCAGAAAAUGGUGCCAGGGAAGAUGAGGUCUUUGGGCCCAAUGGCAAGACAGAGGAGGCUGAAACAGGGAGAAAAGAGCAAAAGAAAGAAUCAGGGUCUGAUGAGAAACCUCAGUCAAGGAGAGGAUCCAGCAGGUCAGAGGAUGAGUUAAAAGGCAGCAAUGAGCAAAAGAAACAGUCAGGGUCUGAUGAGAAGCCCCCAUCAAGGAGAGGGUCCAGCAAAUCAGAAGAUGAAGAAAAAGGGGAUAAACAGGCAGAGGAAAUUAAUCCUUGCAAGAGUAACAAAGGGAAUACAGAGGAGGAGGAAGUGUGUCAUGAUGCCCCAGGGAAGGAGAACUCUGCCCAGCCUACCUCUGAAAACAAGGAGGUGUGUGAGGGUCCCAAGGGAGAAGAGCAGCAAGACACUGCCAGUGAACAGGAAAAGGGGGACAAGGAGAAGGAAGAAGUUGAAGCGGAAGCAAAGGAAACCAGUGAAAGCACAGAUACACAGAGAACAUCAGACACUGAAGAAACACCACUGGCAUCUGAAUCACUGCAGGAUGCAGAGGGAUUAGACACUGCUAGUGAAGCUUCACCAUCAGUCACGCAGGAGCAGAGCACAGCGUAACCCUGACACACAGGUAAGGCAGGUCAGCGUGGUGUUGCCUCCUAAGACACCAGAGGGUUUUGCUAUUCAUGAAAAUGGCAACUGUGACAAAACACAACAAUUUUGCUGCUCCCCAUAUGUCAAAAGUCUCAAAUCUCAGGCCUGCAGAGACUGCAAGGCAGGGCAUUCAAAGCAACCAGCCUUUCUGGGCGGUGUUGCAGGGAGAAAGGAUGGAAAAGAAGCAAAGCCGAUUCUGGAUUCAGUAUAACGAAGAGGCUCUCCUCCAUUGCUGUUUUGAAUGCAAUUUGAAAGUACUUACAGUAAAAAGCACAUUUCCCCAGCAGUAACCUGUAUAUCAGUUAUGCCUCCUUACAUAUACAUAUUUAUAUGUGAGCACAUGUUGUAUAUGUACAUGAAUACAUAUAUAUAUUCUCUCUCUCUGUGUUUAGCUUGUUAGCUUUGCCAGCAAAAAGAGUGUUUGCACACACACCAGUUUCAUGAUUAGCCCUGGAAGUACGGAAACAUGGCCCUUUGCCACUUGAAAUAAGAGAGGAUUUCCACUGGCUGAAGCAGGACUUAUUCCAUGUACCUUCUUACAUAUUCUGUAACUACUGAUAACAUAGCCACAGAUGCCUGAGAAAAUGUCUAAUUCCACCUCCCCACCUGUCUCCUCUUCAAAUGUUUCAUUGGUUUGGCAAGGACCAACUGAAGGAAGGAAGCUGGUGCUCAGGCUGCCUUUGCCUCCUAGCACAGAAACUAUGAAAGUACCCCCAGGACUUCCCAGCACUGUAUUUACUUAGACCAUGAUUAUUUUUCAUUAUUUCCUUACUUUUUCCCUCUCAAAAGGACAUACCCAGUCAGGGUAGAGGAGACUUAACAUGUGAAUAGGAGCCAUCUAACCCAAUCAAGGUGGAAGCUACUAGAAAACCUUCAGUGGCAAGAGAGGAGCAGAAUACAGAUAUCCCCUGAGGUCCAGACUCCUCACAGAGCUGAGUGGCUCCUUGCUGCCUCUCUGCUCUGCACCGUCAUAUUUUGGGACAGCUGGAACAAGAGACCGGUUUGCUAUCUCUUCAGAGUUCAAAACUCAGGUGUGUUGGCUGAUGUUCCUCAGUGAUAUUUGGGGACUGAGAGACCUGAGACUUGGCUGUCCUGGAGCCAAAACCCAUCAUCACUCCUGGUCCCUCUGCUUCUUCAUUCUGCUCCAAAAUGUCUUUUUCUUCUCCCCUGCACUGGUCUUAGAUGAAGUUCAUCAGUUACAUACAUACAUAUAUGGUGCCUUUUUGGUAGCUUUUUUUGAAAUACUUUGGGUUUUUAAACUUCAGUAAAUAAUGUUUUAACACAUACUGUUUCCUCCGUAUGUGCUGUAUGGCAGACAAUGUGAACCCUGAGCACAGGGAAAACUCUUAGGACAUUGAUCGUACAACAUAAAAUCCCUUUGAAGUGGUGGUUGAACUGGCUGGUCUGUGAAACAGCCAGCAGGGACAGGCUGGUAGGUUCUGUGCUUCUUCUUUGGGGUGUUUUUAGUGCUGGUGGAAAGUGACAAUGAGCAGAUUGGAUGCAAAGAAAAGAUGUGCUGAGUAGGUCAGCAGAGCAAGGUUUUUAUCUGGCUCCGGGCUCCGGUCCAGAUUUGGAGGGCCUGCCUGUCCAUCAGUCUUUCUAACUUCCAGACCCUAUGCAGUCUUUUUUUAAACGUUUAGUGUGUGGCCACUGAGAGCCACUCAGGAUAGAAAGUAUCCUGUAUUGGCUUAUAGGAAACAGCCUAUUAAUUUUGUGCAGGUCAAAAAAGUGUUAGCUGGCUGAGUUUCCAGUAAUAUGGCCUGACUGACUGAAUUGGUGAAGGUCAGACAGCCAGUCCCUCCUCAGUACUUAGGCACUGUACUGGAUUUGCAUUCACCCUCCAGUUAAAGUCAUGGGCUAGCAGUUGCCAAAACAAAAGAAGAAGGACUUACGUCUGCAGACUAUUAGUUGCCCAUAAGAAAUAAGUUCUUUGGGGAAAGAUGGAUAACAGACCCUCACUUGACCUCUUUCCUGACAGCAGUGCUUGAAGCUGAAUAAAAAACUGCCUUUGCUCAAGACCACAGGGCUCAUGUCCAAAGCAUGUCGUGGAGCUGUGGACAAAUCUGGGCUCACUGGAGACUGCGAGCCAGACUUGUCAAAAGCUGAGACGAGGUGUCAGCCAGUUGUUGGGUGGUGUGAAUGGUCAGGGGCCAGUGCUUGAACCCCACCUGAGUACUCAGCAACACAGAAACAGCUGCAGAGACUAAGGGAAGAAUGAGCCAUCCCAAAGCUCCUCCUAGCAAACAUUAAGCUGAGCAGUGUCAGAGGCGUAGGUUGUCCCUGUCUCUCCAGACACGCACAAGUGUUUCACACAGCACAGCUCCCUUCUGUCCUCAGGCAGGCUCUGCAACACAGCAGAGAUACAAACCUGGGGGGUCUGUGGGAUAUCCCCUUUGUGUUCACCAGCUCCAAAACCAUGAGGAAAGAAGAGGCUCUGUGUCCUGCCUUUCUUUUUCCCAAGUGAGAGCUCUCAGGUGACAUUUGCUGAGAGCCAGCAGCUUUGACCCUCCUGUGUGACAUGGGCUUGUUGGCAAACACAACCUCCAUAUCCUUUUGAGCCAUGCCAUGGAGCAUUGUUGUCUUUGAAUCCAUUGUAAUCUGUUUGUUAUAGCUUGUAUUCCAGGGCAGGCUGCAACCAUUCACUGUACCUCGUUUCUUCUCUCAGCAGUGUCCCAUCUCUAUGUGAGGGAUUGUGUCUUACUGUAUAUACAGACAUAUGUGUGCCUGUUUAAAGAAUGUGUAUGUAUGUCCUGAGCACAGGAAUGGAAAUCCAAGGGAGAAACAGAAGAAAUAAAUGGUGGAAUAAAA